AUGGACCUUUUCAUGUACGUUUUCAUUCUAUGUAUGAGAGGAACAACUUUAGCGUGCGAUGAUAUAUCCUACAACAAGAUCGCCACCCAAUCACACACCUAUAAUAAUAUAUAUAACCGUUACGGCGCUAGUAAAGCAGUGGAUGGAAACAUAGAGACAUGUACGAGGACGAAUGCUAUGGGAGUCAAUGAUCCUGUCAAAACAGUGUGGUGGAAAGUGGAUCUUGGUGAAGUGUCUAGCAUAUACAGUAUACACAUCCAGUUUCAAAGUUACGACGGUUACGUCGACCGUCAAAAAGGACGAUUGGCGGGAUUCUCACUGUAUGUUUCAAACUCAGACGUAAACUCCCUUGAUGCUAUAAAGAAGACCACUCUGUGUUACAAGGACGGACCUGAGUUACCGCCCCUGAACCUUACAAAAAAGUGCAUGGAAUACGGACGUUAUGUCAUCUUUUACAACGAACGUUUGAAUGAAAUUGCCUACCCGGAUGGAUAUGAAGUUUCCAAUGUAUUUACAGAACUAUGUGAAGUCAUUGUACAAGGAUGUAGCAAUGCCAGUUUCUAUGGUAUUAACUGUGACAAUCAAUGUCCGACCAACUGUAAAGACAGCACGUGUCACAUAGAGAACGGAACUUGCUUCUUGUGUAAACCUGGAUGGACUGGAUUAGAUUGUAAUAUAAAAUGUAGAGAAGGGUGGUACGGUAUGAACUGUACCCAACAGUGUGUAGGACAUUGUAGAGAUGAGGCUACCUGUAACCACGUGACUGGUGUAUGUGACAGUGGUUGUGCUGCUGGAUGGAAGGGAGACUUGUGUAAUGAAGAAUGUAAUGACGGCGGCUAUGGAUAUAACUGUGUCCACAACUGCAGUGGUCACUGUCUGAAUAACUCUCCGUGUAACAAACAGACUGGUCUGUGUGACAGGGGAUGUGAUCCGGGAUAUACUAACAAUAACUGUAGCAAAGAAUGUUUACCAGGAUAUUUUGGGAUCGAUUGUAGCAGAAAAUGUAGCGGACACUGUAUAAACAAUCAACUCUGUGACCAUGUCAGUGGUGUGUGUCCAAAUGGGUGUCAGGACGGUUUUGUCGGAACACUUUGUAAUAAGUCUUGUAAUGAAGGAUAUUUUGGCACAAACUGUUCUUAUGUAUGUUCACCUAACUGCCAGCAUGGCCAGUGUCGACACACAAACGGAUCGUGUUCUUCCUGUGUUGAAGGAUGGAUGGGUGGUAAUUGUACAACUGAGUGUAGAGACGGGUGGUACGGUAUGAACUGUACCCAGAUGUGUGUAGGUCAUUGUAAAGACGGGAUUUCCUGUAACCACGUGACUGGUCACUGUGACAGAGGAUGCGCUGCUGGAUGGAAAGGAGACUUGUGUGAUAAAGAAUGUGAUGACGGGACCUAUGGACACAACUGUACCAACAACUGUAGUGGUCACUGUCUGAAGAACACUCCAUGUAACAAACAGACUGGGAAGUGUGAUCGGGGAUGUAACCCGGGAUAUACCGACAGUGACUGUAGCAAAGAAUGUUUAUCGGGAUAUUUUGGGAUCGAUUGUAGCAGAAAAUGUAGCAGACACUGUAUAAACAAUGAACCAUGUGACCACGUCAGUGGAGUGUGUCCAAGUGGUUGUCAGGACGGUUUCGUCGGAAAACUUUGUAAUAAGUCUUGUAAUGAAGGAUACUUUGGCACAAACUGUUCCCGUGUAUGUUCACCUAACUGCCAGCCUGGUAAGUGUCAACACACGGACGGAUCGUGUACUUCCUGUGUUGAAGGAUGGAUGGGUGGUAAUUGUACAACUGAAUGUUUUGGAUAUUAUGGAGUGAAUUGUAAAGAUGCAUGCAGUGUACACUGUAUUAACCAGACUUGUGACAGAAUCAAUGGUAGUUGUCUGUUUGGUUGUGAAGAAGAUGGGAAUUGUGGUACUACAAAAAAUUUAAAAUUACAUCAGUCUACAUCAGACAAUUUGCCUGCAACUGUUGGAGGAACAGUUGGUGCAUCCGUGAUUGUAGUUAUCGGAGUUAUUUUUGCUAUGUUUGUUGCACGACUAAAACAAAAAUCAGCGAAGCUGGCUAAACGACAGUCAUAUAUGUUGGAAACAGAGCCAUUUCGUAAGUGUAAACCUAUAGCGGAUCACUCCGUAUCACCAGAUUGUAGAUUACAAACAUCAUUUGCUAAUAACGUCGCAGAGUCUACAUAUGCUCUUCCUGAGAAAACAAAACGAGGUCCUCCAACAAAUAAAAACAUUCCCGUUAGGAAUAUGAAAGCACAAAUUGCAAACAUGUCUCUUCAUGAAAACGCCGGAUUUAAAAGUGAAUACCAUGAUAUCCCUCGAGGAGAGCUUCAUCCAUGCAUCGAUGGAAAGAAACAGGAAAACAAAGUUAAAAAUAGAUAUACUACCAUAUUCCCAUAUGACCACUCUCGAGUUAUUCUAAAGACGGUGGGCAGCAAUGAUAAUGGCUAUAUCAAUGCAAACUACAUUGAAGAUACACGAGAGAUCCGGACAUACAUUGCCACCCAGGGUCCAAAGCCAAAAACAAUAGCAGAUUUUUGGAACAUGAUUUGGCAAGAAGAAGUUUGUAACAUCGUCUCUUUGACUAAUCUAACUGAGGGCACAAAGAAUAAAUGCGCCCAGUACUGGCCAGAUAUCAAUGACAAACUACAGGGAGGUACGCUGACAGUCAGACAUCUAGAGGAGAAAACAUACGCUGAGUACAUCAUCAGACGAUUCAAGAUACACAACAAAUCGACCAGAACAGACCGUCAGGUGACGAUGUUCCACUACACCACGUGGUCGGAUCACGGAGUGGCCGAUCCCCUCAGUCUGGUCGUGUUCCAUCGUCACGUGAUCAGAGCCACUGCUAACUCAGCUGGAAAGUACACAGUGGUACACUGCAGUGCGGGAGUAGGCAGAACUGGGACGUACAUUGCGUUAGACGCUCUCUACCGGGAAGGGAAGAGGACUGGUAAAAUCAACGUACCGAUGUACGUCAGGACCAUGAGGAAGGACCGAAUGAACAUGAUACAGGGAGAUGACCAGUACAAGUUACUGUACCUCGCACUGAAGGACGCUUUUUACGGCCAGAAUAAAUGUUUGGAAUCAGAGAAGUUUUUAGGAGAAUACCAAGAACAGACUUGUUAUACCAAUUGUGGAGACAUUUCACAGAAGAAAUCCCCGUCUUCUGAACUUGAGGAGUUACUGUCCUUGAGAAAGGAGUAUACACAGCAAGAUUACAUAUCUGGUCGGGCUCAGAUAUCAGCGAACUACACAGAAAGCGUACUUCCUGUUGAGGAGUUCAUGUGCCACCUGUACUAUAUGAAGGGCUAUAACACCUACUAUAAUGCUGUGCUUAUUCAGUCGUAUCUGGAGAAGGAAUCCCUGAUCAGCGCCCAGUAUCCUCUUUUAGACAACACUGAGGAUUUUCUCAGACUGAUCAAGGACUUUGACGCACGUGUUGUCGUCUUCUUGUGUCCACUCAAGGACAUCGAAUCGACAUCCAAAUGGCUUCCACCAGAAAAUCAACACAAAUUCGACGGGAUUUUCUACGUCAAAAAUAUGUCAUCAAAAAGGAGCAAUAACGUCAAAAUGACAAGACUCAACAUACAACCAACGGGUUUCAAUGAAAUGGAUAUCACUCUUCUGGAAUGCCCGACUUGGAGUGAGAGAUUGAAAAAGGGGGAUAAAAGAGUACUCUUGGAUGUAGUUAAGGCAGUAAAAACUGAAAAGUCUGACCAAAAGGGCCGAGUCCUCGUUCUGUCAAGAGACGGAGCUUCACGCUGUGGUCCAUUCUUUGUUGUAUACAACGUGUUGGAACAGAUUUCUGUGGACAGAGAAGUGGACAUCUUUACAGCUGUACGUCAGAUCCAGAUACGUAGACCAGAGUGUGUCUCCACUGUGGAGGAGUACCAACUUUGCCACGACGCCAUAGCGGAAUAUCUCCUCAAUGACUGCGUUUAUGGAAAUUGUUAAGGAGACAUUGUAAAACCCUACAACAAACACUGGAAAAUUCCUAUAGAGUAUAUGUGUAACUGUAACACUCUUGUUCGAUUUCUGUUUUUGUGGUUUUGUGCUGAUAUAACGAUUGUUUUGAACUUGAAUUUGUAUGAAUAUGAUUGUUUUAAGAGUUAACUAGUUAACAGACUCUAACCCUUUUGAAUUUUAACUGAUAUGUUGAUUUAAGGAAUCAAAGUGUUUUAAUAGCAAUAUUUUACUAAACAAUGUUUUCUUUGUUUUACAACCUGUUUGAUAAAAUUAACCAUAUUUUCAUGUUUAAGGAAUGAAUCUUAUUCUAUUUUUUUAAAGCAUAUUCUCUUAUUAUUAAUAUAUGGUUUCCAAAGUUAUGACAAAUAUUCUACGUACACAAAUCAAUUCCGAGAAUGUAAAAAAAAAGUUUUAGGUCUUUAUCGAAGCCCUCUUUGAAUUUUAAUUUGUUUAGUUUGCAUUCAAAUAUUAGUUGUUUUUUUUAGGUGAAUAUCGUUUGUUAUAAGUAUAAAUUAUAUUCAGGUUACACUGUUUGGCAUAAUGACUUUAAUAUGAUUUUAGUUGUAUUGUUCAAUUUAACAGUGGUUUUGACCUGUACAGUUUUUCUUAUCAAUACUUUUGUGUCCAUGCACUAUUAACUGUUGUUUUUGUUUGUAGUGAACAUAAUUGGUUUCGGAAGUGUCAUAUUUCUUCUAAUAUACAUGUAUAAUUUAAAACAUAGUGUUGAUUGUGUGGUGUUUAUUGUUUUACUUUAACGUUCUUAAAUUUAAUCAUA